GAGUAUAAACAUUUUUAUUUAAAUAUUUUAUAACAUAACAUUUGCAGAGAUAACAUUUCUUUAUAUUCUCUCAAAACCUUUGUGCCAGGCUGUAAUAUAUUUUUAUUUUGUUAGUGUUGUGUCAUUUUUGUAAUUAAUUGUAACAUACAUGAUUUAUGUUUUUGUUUUUAACGAUAUAUAAACAUUUUUAAUUUAAAAUGUUAUGAUCUGCAGUUUGCAGCAAUAUGAUAUCUUCAUAAUAAUAAUAUUAUUAUUUAAAGAUUUUAAAAAUUUUUGAGCCACUUACUAAUAUGUUUUAGAUUGUUCGUUUUGAACUUUUUGUAAUUAAUUUUUGAUUUUGUAAUUCAUUGUAAUAUUAAUAUUUAUAUCACUAAACUAUAUGAGAUUAUAAAACUCCAUCAUAUAUAUUAUAAAAUGAUGAAACAUCACUAAAUUGUAAAAUUAUACAGUAGACACCCUCUAUAACGAGAACUGAAAUGGCAGACUAAUUACCCCGAUAUAAGCUGAUCUCGUUAUAUUAAACAACAAUAAUACUGUGCAUACAUAUGAAUAUGUGGUUUUCUAAAAUAUUAACUUCCUAUAGUGAAGCCAUUCGAAGCAAUAUAAGAUGAUAAAUAUCGUUUGAAUGGCGUUUUUGAAAAAAAAAAUUGUUUACUUUUAUUGUGAAUGAUAUAUGUUAAAAAAAAUCUGUAUUCUGUAAAUCUGUAUAAUUGGUAUUUUCAAGUAUAACAUAAACUAUUGCUUCUGCAAUUGGAAUAAGUCUGCUUUAAAUUGUUCAGUAUUCUAUCUAUCAUAUCCUCUAAAGAUAUGAAACAGUUUUAUGCUUCUCCAUUUGCGUUUUGUCUUUGGAUAUAGUUUCUUCUUCUUCUUCUUCACGUGCCAUCUCCUCUAAGAAGGUUGGCAACCAUCAUGGCAAUUCGCACUUUCGACGCCGCUGCUCUAAAGAGGUCAGCAGAUGUGCAGUUAAACCACGCUCUCAAAUUAUUCAACCAGGAGAUGCGUCUUCUUCCGCAACUCCUUAUACCCCGUAUUCUUCCUUGCAUUAUUAAUUGCAAUAAGUUAUAACGCUCGCCCCUCAUAACAUGUCCCAGAUAUCUCUCUUAGAGAGUCAUCCCAGAUGACUCUCUAAUUAUGAUGUUAUUAUUAUUAUUGAAACAUGGCUUACACCUAGAAUCUUAGAUGCUGAAUUGGGAUUGAGUGACUUUAAUAUGUAUAGACAUGACAGGGACCUUCAAACUAGUUCAAAGACUCGUGGUGGUGGUGUUCUUAUUGCUGUCCAUAAGCGCUUUAAUUCAAUGUUGGUUAGGCCUAUCGAUUCCUCUGUGGAACAUGUUUUUACACAGGUUAUGUGUGGCACAAAAAAGUUAAUCAUUGGUGCAGUUUACUUUCCUCCACUGUCAUCUGGGUCGGUAUAUGAGGAGCAUUCCACCUGUAUGUUAGACUUAGCGGAAAGAUUCAGUGAUUGUGAAUUCUGUAUUUGUGGUGACUACAACCUACCUGAAGCGUCCUGGGAUAAUCUUAGUAAUGGUGUUACGGUUGAGUGUCCUCAUCACUCUCCAGCAAAUAUUAUUUGUACUUGCUACAAUUUUCAAAAUAUGUCACAAGUAAAUGCUUUGCCUAACCUUAAUAAUAAAUUUUUAGAUCUAGUUUUCUGUACUCAGAGAGAUGCAGUUGUGUCGAUUUCAACUGAUAUUCUAUUGAAUACUUCGCAACAUCAUUCAGCUUAUACUAUAGUGUUACAUGAAGCCAAUUUAAAUUUGUUUCUUAAAUAUGAUGUCUUCUAUCAUGAUUUUAAAAAAUGUAAUUAUCAAGUUUUAAAUGAAUAUUUAGCCUCAAUUCCUUGGAACAAUGUAUUAGAUGAAUCUGACAUAAAUUGCUGCUUAGAAAAUUUUUACCAUAUUUUAUAUGAUGCCAUCAAUAUGUUUGUUCCUAUCAAACGGUUUAAAUCAUUAAACUCUCCAGUUUGGUUUUCGCGAGAACUAAUUGAGCUUGUCAUACAGAAAAAAAUAGCUCACAAGAAUUUUAAAGCAUCAGGCAGCUCAUAUGAGGAAUUUUCGGUGUUAAGGGAAAGAUGUAAAGCAUUACAAGCAAUAUGUUAUAAGAACUAUUUAGAGAAUAUUCAAGCAAAUCUUUCAAGUAAUCCCCACUCUUUUUGGAGGUAUGUUAGUACUACACAUGGGUCUAGUGCUUAUCCUAAUGUAAUGUCUAAUAAAGAUGGAGAUGUAAUAGCUCAGAAUGGUGAUGAAAUAGUCAAUUUAUUUGCCAGCUAUUUUUCAGGUACAUAUAAUGAUAGUGAGUGUAAUGUACCUAAUUUUAAAUUGGAUUAUAAUGUGGAUUUCCAGAGUCUGAAGUUUAGUCUGACUGAUGUUUUCGAGGGAAUUAGUAGUUUAAAAACUACAUAUUCUUCAGGGCCUGAUGGUAUACCUGCAGCACUUAUUAAGAACUGUAUUUUUUCCCUUUGUAAACCUUUACAACAAAUUUACAAUUUAUCAUUGUCAUCAUCUGUAUUUCCACAAUAUUGGAAAAAUAGUUUUCUUACACCUAUCUAUAAAUCUGGCAAUCGCGAGUGUGUUAACAAUUAUAGAGGUAUAACUAUUCAAUCAGCAAUACCGAAACUUCUUGAUAAAUUGGUAUCGAUAAAUCUCACCUGGGCUUGCAGAAACAUAAUUAUUGAUGAACAACAUGGUUUUUCUAACGGGAAAUAAACUGCAACAAACCUUCUCAACUACCAACAAUACUUGUUGGGUGCAUUUGAGAAUAAAAUUCAGGUUGACAGCGUUUACACUGAUUUCUCAAAGGCCUUUGACCAGGUUAAUCAUAAUCUUUUGGUCCACAAACUUCAUGCAUCUGGCUUUGGUGACCCCAUUGUUAAUUGGAUAAAAAGUUUUCUGAUGGGACAUACACAGCAAGUUCGUAUUAACAAUUAUAUUUCAAAUGAAUUUCAUUGUUAUUCUGGUGUACCACAAGGGUCUCAUUGUUGUCCCUUGUUUUUCAACUUGUUCAUCAACGAUAUUGGUAAGGCUAUCAAAAACUCACACUUCCUGCUAUUUGCUGAUGACCUUAAUAUUUCGUUGUAUACAUAAUAAAUCGGAUAGAGAUCUCCUGCAAGAUUAUGUAAACAACAUAUGUUUAUGGUCAAAACAAAAUGGUUUAAGCUUAAAUCCAACUAAAUGCUCUUGUAUUUCAUUUGGUCAUAUAAAUAAUCUAAUGGCUAACAGAUAUAUUCUUAAUGAUGUACUCUUGGAUUCAGUUACUGAGAUUAGAGAUUUGGGUGUAUUACUGGAUUGUGCAUUGACAUUUAGAAGCCAUUUUCUUAAAAUUAAGGAGACAGGAUUUCGUAAUCUUGGUUUUAUUUAUCGCAACAGUCAUGAUCUCUCACCUAUUGUAUUUAAAUUAUUGUAUUGCUCUCUGGUACGCUCAGAUCUUGAAUACUGCUCUGUUGUCUGGUCCCCGUUUCAUCAAGUAUACAUUGAUGGAGUGGAGAGUAAAAAAUACUGAAAAUUAUUUCAUAGAUUAUUCUAUAAUAAUCUCUCAUUUUAACAUUGCUACACUGAAGAACCGCAGGUUGAGAGAUGAUAUGUUAUUUUUGUUUAAAAUUCUAAACAAUGUUAUUAAUUGUCCUUCGUUAUUGGCCAAUUUACACUUAAACACAAUGCAUAGAACUCGACACACUGCACUCUUUUAUAUUCCUUUUCAUAGAACUGAUUAUGCUCGUCAUUUUCCCUUGUCAAGAAUGCUCAGCUCUUGCAAUGACCUCCUAUUGGAUCCUUUCUGCCCAAACAAUAAUGCUUUUAAAAGUCAACUUAAGAAUCUAACUAUUGAUAUAGAUAUGUGAUACUUACUAUGUGAUACUGAUACUUUUUUAAAAUUUUUGUGAUAUGAUAUAUUGUUUUAAUGUACAAAUUUUAACAGUUUAUUUGUUAUUUUUUUAUGUUUAUUGUACAUGAUCUUUACUUUUUACUAUUUGUUGUAUUUUAUUGUAAAUGGUUCUACCGUUGGAAUGAAUAAAUAAAUAAAUAAAUAAAAUUUCAUUGGUCAUCCAUUCAUUUUUGUUCUUGAUCAUCUUAGGUGUUAGUGUUGUCUCACACGUGCGUAUAAGAGCAUCUUUUAAUAUAUGCCAUUUCUUGUUUGCAUCUUCAGUAGGAAUAAUUUCUAUUUUGGUGAGUUCUUCUUUAAUUUUUAGUGUGACUUGCUCUUUUGUUGAUGGAUCUUUCAAACGGGAUACUUGUAUACUCUCUACUUUAAUUUUAGCCACAAACUUUUUUAGAUUAAUUCUAAACCUUCCUACAACUGGGUUGUGAUCUGAUCUCACAUCAGCUCCGGGGUAUGAUUUUACUGAUUUUAUGGACAUAGUUUCUGACAAUGUUUAAAACAUUUUCCACAUCUUGUCUAUUAGGACCUAUAUGAUUAGGUGCAAAUGGUCAACCCCCUACAACGACGCUUGUGAAUCAUAAAUUGUAAUUUUUCAAUCUUAUUUUCUCUCGUUAUAACCAAAUUUGCCUCGCUAUAGAGGGUUAUAGCUCAAUAGAAAUUUCACGGGAUAUCUAAUGUACCUCGUUGUAAGCAAAACCUCGUAAUAACUC